AAAAACCAUGGAAGGGGGACAGCCAAUAAGGAUAUACUGCAAGGGAGAUACAACCUUGAAUGUGGCCGUCCGUGGGAACGAGCUGCGUCUCGUCCGGGACGACCCCAACGACGAAUCCCAGCACUGGUUCCAGGUGUGCGACGGCGUGGGGAAACUGACGGACGACGAGGAGCGGCCAGCGUUCGCGCUGGUGAACAGGACGACGGGGCACGCCCUGGUGAACGGCGGCGACCUCGAGCUGGGUCUGGCUCCCUACAGCGGCCAUGUCGCCGUGGAGCUCUCGGUACUGUGGUCACUGGGGCACCCGCGCGCCGACGGGUUCAUGGAGAUCAGGACGCUGAGGGACGUCAGGUACACCCUCGACGGCGUCCACGGGUUCGUCGACGGGGGGUACAGGCUCAACGGCAUCCACGGGAUCCCCGAGCAUGGGACGCUCGUCGCCAUCUAUCACUCGCAGCCCACGGCUGAUUAUGCCGUCUGGAAGAUUGCUCCCGUCGGCCACCAAGAGCCGCACAGCCACAGCGAGUCUGAUGAUGCUCUGGAGUCUUAGGUUGGACACGGCCAUUUCCAAUGCAAUAAUGGUUACUGUUGGAGUCGUACGUACAAAUGAAUUAAAUUAUUACUAGUACUAUAUUGCAUAUCUAGCUAGUGUGCGCUACGCGAUUGGGUAUCAGUACUUGGAGAUCUCGAGUUGUAGUCCUUGCUUGCUUAAUUAAAUAAAAGUAGCAGCUGGUGGCCGGAGCAUUCUUGUCA